AUUUUCAGAGUUUCUCCAAUAGUUUACUACUUAGGUUUUAUCACUCGUAGUCAGUACGCUAAUCAGCAUUGUCAUUACUCAGUGACCAGGGAUGGAAUGAUUUUGUGACAAAUAUUUCUUCAUUUGUGGUGUGAUGGCGACGUAAUAGGAGGCACCAUGGGCCUGCCUGAAGAGCGAGGCUCAGGCAGCUCCCGUUUUCUGUGGUGUAGUGUAAAUAAAGUAGAAAUAUUUGAAAUCGAAUCCACUGACUCGAUCACUGUAGCACUUGAGGGGGUUUCCCAAUCGAUAUGGCGUGUGGAAAUAUAGAAGUAGGGGCAGUGCUCCGUCUGAGAAGCGAAGUGAACAUUUUAUGGAGGAAGGUUGUCAGAGGGGACACCAUGGUAGAUGAAGGUGAUGGUGGGGCUGGAGGUGUUAGUGUGGGCGUCUACCCCAUCACACCCAUUAAAUGGAAGAGCAAAUUAAUAGAUAUAAAAUUCUCUUGUAAUCAAGGGGUAGACUGGCCCCAUAGCGCAAUUAUGAAGAACAAAGUACUAAAUUUAAUGGAUGAAAUUUAUGACUUGGAGGGUAAAGUUGAUAUGUUGACCCAGGUAGUGCAAACAUCAACUGACACUUCUGCCUUGGAGAAUGUGCCAAAGUUUACUUCCAUUGAAUCCUUAACAAACCAGGUAGCACUGAUAAAAAAACUGUUUAAGCAAGUGAGAGAGGAGGGAAGGGAAGCAUUUAUGUACCUGGAAGGAGAAAAAAGAGAGAUUGAGAAGGACGUUAAAGCAUUAAAGGAUAUUGUGAAUGAGGAAUUUAGCUCAGGUUUAGAUACAAAAGUUCAGAGAGAAAGAAGGUUGGCAAAUAAAACAUAUGAUAAUUUUAAUAAGGUACUUGAUGUGUAUGAUGCUGAAGUAGAAAAUUAUAGAAAGAAUGACAAGUCAGAAAAUUUACAAAGACAAAAGGCACAGGAAAUGAAUCCAAUUAUUAUGCCAUGUUUUAGUCACAGCUGGGAGGAGAAAGACCAUCUUCAGUUUGUGAAAGUUUAUCGGAGGCACAGAAUGAAACAGAGGCGGAUGGAAGAAUGGCAGAGAAUUCUCCCUUACAAAACAGAAAAUGAUGUAUUACAACAUUGUGCCAGUUAUGAAACCUUCUUAAAUAAAAAAGACCAAGUUAAAAAUAAAUUAAUCCAGUGGAAAAGUGAAAAAGAGAAAGAACAGACAGAAAUUCAAGAAAAGAUAUCAAAGGAAAAGAUAGAAAAUGAAAAAAAAAUGGAAUCGAUAAGGAAAGCGAAAGAAGAACGACUAAAGGAAGAGCAGGAAGAAAAAUAUAAGAAAAUUAUUGAAUGGAAGAAAACAAAAGGGGUAGAUAGAAUCACUGGUGAAAAGAUUGAAGAGAGAGUAGGAAAAUCCACCAGAAAACAAAAUAAAAUGACAACUCGUGAACGGAAGGUAAGCAGAUUUACCGAUGAGGAAAGAAAAAAUAUAGGGGUACAGCUUCAAGCAUACAGUCAAUGGAAAGACCAACAGAAACGAGAAGAAAUGCAAAAGAAACAAGAAGAUGAACUAUUGAAAAAGAAGUUGUACAGUGCAAGUAACAGAAAUGAAUUUUGUAAGAAAGAUGAGCAAUAUAUAAAAAGUAAAAGGGAUCGGAAUGAAAUGCAAAUCCGAAAUAAAGAAGAACAAAAGAAGAGGCUUGAGAAAAUCAAAGCAUCUCUACAAGUUAGUGUAGAGAAGAGCAAAAACCGCCUUUAUGAGCCAACUAUAAGUCACACAGCAUACAAGUUAAGCUCGCGGGCAAAGGAAAGUUCAUGUGUCAGUGUUGAUGAGAUUCCUCGAUUAGGAACUCCUGUGUGGAGGCUGGGAAUUUAAGAGGUGUUAUGAAUCAGGAAACACAAACUACUGUAAGUACAGUGCAUCAGAAAUCUUGUGUUGUACAUAGAUUCAAAGUUUUUAUAGUACUGUAUUGUUAAUAUAUAUUAUAUAUAUUUAUUGUACAAUAUAUAUCUAGUACAGCUCCUCCCUAACUUACGACAGGGUUAGGGACCCAA